AUGGCGAUUAAAAGCUCUGCAUUCCCCUAUCGCCGGGGCUCGAACUCUUCGGAGAAAGACUUCUUCGAUAUUCCCGAUGAAUCCAUACCGGCCAUUGCAAAGCGCCAAUUACGCCGACCGCGCACAUGGAUCACGGUGGUGAUCCUGUUCUUCCUACUCCAAUGGCGCUUUCGUGAGCGCUCUCCACCCUCCGGACUCCCUCAUAUCAACUACAACAAGGUAGACUGGUCGCGCUAUGCUUACGCAUCGUAUGCGACCUCAGAAACCUACCUCUGCAAUUGUGUGAUGGUGUUUGAGGCACUGGAUCGACUCGGGUCCCGCGCAGAACGGGUGCUGUUCUACCCCCAAGAGUGGGACUUGAUUGUCCAAAAUGAGGCAGAUCGCACCAGUCAACUAUUGUUAAUGGCCCGAGACAGAUACAAAGUGCAAUUGAGGCCGAUCCUAGUUGAGGGGAUCAGGAUUGACCCUAAAGGAGAGGAACAUGGAUCUUCCAAGGCGGAAUGGGACUCUAGUACUGUCAAAUUGAACUCCUUUGGUCUACUGCAAUAUGAUCGGGUGAUCCAUCUUGAUUCCGACAUGACCCUGUUGCAGCAUCUGGAUGAGCUGUUUUUCCUUCCGAAGACCCCCAUUGCCAUGCCUCGUGCAUACUGGCUCCUCCCUGAGAUAAACACCCUCUCAUCGCUCAUGGCCGUUAUCGAACCGUCCUUCCGUGAUUAUACCGAUCUUCGGGAAGUUAUCCAGCCCGCCCUUUUUGGUCAAAUCGACAUUAAUACGACCGAUAAACGAUAUGACAUGGAGGUGUUGAAUAGUCGGUAUGGGGAGAGUGCCAUGGUACUUCCACACCGACCCUAUGGGUUGCUCUCGGGAGAGUUCCGCACCAAGAAUCACCGGAGAUACCUGGGCACCCAUGAGGAGUGGAAUCCCGACAAAGUGCUGGCAGAAGCCAAAUUCGUACACUUUUCUGAUUGGCCACUGCCCAAGCCUUGGGUGAUGUGGCCGCAGAAGCAGCUGGCCGAGAUGCAGCCCGCGUGCGAUAUUAAACCAGGAACCCCAGAAGAGAGUGGCUGCAGGGAUCGUGAGGUGUGGAAACAGCUCUAUGACGACUUCCGGCGCCGACGAAAGGAUAUUUGCAAGCUGCUCAGCUUCCCGGCUCCGAUUUGA